AAAGAAAUAACCACAAAAAGCAACCAUAAAUCCAUAAGUUGAAUAUGAUUUUGAGUAUUCUAUUGUUCUAUUGCAACGAUUUUGAUAUUUUCAUCUUCUAGACUCUAGAGGAUGGAGUUGGAAUCAAUAAAUUUUUUUAACACUCUUAGUGACAAAUAUAUAAAAGUUAUAUGCCAUAUUAAUAAUUUCUAAAUUCUCAAAGCCCUUAACUGAAACUUUUCGAUAUUGAAAAAGAAGGGAGCGGUUCUCUGCAAAUACAUUCCCGUCGUUCCCAAACCAUCAAUAUCCAUCCUCUCCAAUGGGCCGACCAGCGUCCGCCGUUGAAAUACCCUAUGAACGCCGGCGUCCGCACAAGGAUAACGGCCGAUAUUCCUCGGAACCUUAUUCUCACCAUCGUAAUCGCUAUAGGAGUCCUAGCCGUAGCCGUAGUCCCAGCCCCAGAAGUGGUCGGGACAUGAGGCGUAGUCGGAGCAGGACUUUCAGCCGGAGUAGGAGUCGGAGUCGCAGCCCAGCUUACAACCGAUACUCCAGGUACGAUCGACGAUCCUCUCCCGAUUAUUCGUAUCCACCUAGGGAAGAAACCCUAACUCGAGAGAAGAAAAGCUUUAAUUAUAAUAACGGUAGUAAGAAAUCCUAUCUUGAUCGAGAUUCUCGAAACGGAGGAGGACGAUAUGCAGAUGUGGAAUCUGAUGAAGAACUCAAAGGGCUGAAUUUUGAGGAGUACAGGAGGCUCAAGCGUCUGAAAUUGAGGAAACGGCUUCAUAAUUGCAUAUGGAAUCCCACUCCUAGUCCUCCGAGAGAUCCAAAUAAACCUCUGGAUCAGGAUUCUGACAAUGAAAUUGAAGAAAAGAGCGAGGCGGAGAAGGUAAAAGACGAGAAAGUGAAAGAAAGAGCUGUAUCUAAAUCGGUGUCUAAAAGUUCAUCAGGAAGCGGGUCUGACUCUGAUUCACGUUCAGAGUCCUCUGAGGUGUCUGAAUCGGAAUCUGAUGAUUCAAGGUCAAGGAGGCGGAAGAAGGGUAAGAAAUCGAGUUCGAGGCGUGGUAGGAAGAGUAGUAGGAAAUCCAAGCCGGUUUCCGGGAGUGGGAGUGAUUCCGAUGAGCUGAGUGAUAGGUCAGAAGAGGCAAAACGGAAGCCUAAGAAGUCGAGUUCAAGGCGCAAGAGUAGGAGGUCGAAGUCUGUUUCUGAGAGUGAGAGUGAUUCAGAUGAUCUGAGUGAAAGUUCUGAAGAAGAAGAACGCAGAAGGCGCCGUACGAAAUCUCGAAGAAAGCAGAGUAAGCAAAAGAGAAGAAGCCGGAGUACUGGCAAGAGAAGGAGGAAGAGGAAGGAAUAUUCAGAUGAGAGUGAGAGUGAAGACGAGAGUGGAAGUGAGGAUUCUGACAAGGGGUCAUUCAAAAAGCAGAAACGGUCAAAAAGUAGCAGGAGAAAGAGGGAUUCUGAGAGUGAUAAGGAGGCUUCUCUGUCAGAUCCUGGUUCUGCAGGUAAUGCUAAACCGAAUAUAGUGGAGGAGUCGAAGCCGAAUGAACUUGAUAGUGAGGUGCUUGAGUUCAAAGAGUUUUUUGAGGCUAGGAAGAAAGCUGCAGUAGACAAUGAGCCCAUAGUUGGGCCAAUGCCUUUGCCUAAGGCUGAGGGGCAUAUCAGUUAUGGUGGGGCACUUAGGCCAGGUGAAGGUGAUGCUAUUGCACAGUAUGUUCAGCAAGGGAAGCGUAUUCCUCGUAGAGGAGAAGUGGGUUUAUCUGCCGAGGAGAUUUCAAAGUUUGAGAACCUUGGAUAUGUGAUGAGUGGUAGUAGGCAUCAGAGGAUGAAUGCUAUUCGUAUCAGGAAAGAAAACCAGGUCUACAGUGCUGAGGACAAGCGUGCCUUGGCGAUGUUCAAUUAUGAGGAGAAGGCUAAAAGAGAACAGAAAGUCAUGGCUGAUCUACAGCGGCUUGUUCAGCGACAUAUUGGACAGGAUACUGGUCCAUCUCAUGAUCCAUUUGGAGGAACUGAAUCAUGAUUGGGCAGAGAAGGAAUUGAGCUCUUGGUUUCUCCGUUGUAUGCCUCAUCAAUAGUCUGAGGUGCAGCCGAGAGGAGGGACUUUCCCAAGUUGAACGCAUCUAUGCAGCAGUGAUCUCUGGAUGUGAGAUGUGAGGAAAGUGAUGUGUGAAAGAGGCAUUUUAUGCCCUCUGCUUUGCCAUAAGCAAAAAUAAAUUAGCACCUAUUAAACUCUGGCUACGGUCUAACAAUAUCUUUAACUUUUUUUGAGUAAUGGUGUAUAUUUGUUUUCUGUAGUUUCUGUAGGGGACUCUUUGUAGCAGAUUCCAUUUCUCUCGUUUCUUGAGUUUCAAUAGAAUUGUCGUCUCCCAAGAAUGUGUAGAAAAUGUUAUGUGAAACUAGUGCAGAAGACUCAAACGGCUGUUGUGCCCCGACCAUUCUGUUAUUACUACAAACAGCAUCUUGAUACAAACAUUUAGGAUGAGAUGCAACACAGAUUUAUUGGAUUAGUAUUUCAUCCAUAGAUCCAUGAAGAGAGGAAAUAAAAUUUUAGGGCUUAGGACAUGUGGACGAUCCAGUAAAUCUCUUUUACCCUAUUAAAGCAGAAUACAAGAUGUUGAUGUGGCA